CGGUCUGAUGACGCCAUCAAGGCCCGCCGGGCCUGUUGGCGCCUUGCUGCGCCUGCGCAACCCUUCAACCGCCGCCUUCCCCAUGGCUGCCGUGGAGACGCCGCCGGUGGUGGCGGCGACGACGGUAGCAGCAACAGCGGCGGCCUCUCGCAAGCGACGGCCGCCCAAAGGGCAGUACUCGCAGGCGGCUAAGCGAGCCCGGCCGGGCGGUCGGCAUCAACUGGAGGCCGGCAUGUGCGGCAUCCUCAUCACUUGCAACAUGAACGAGCGCAAGUGCGUGGCCGAAGCCUACAGCCUGCUGGGCGAGUACGGAGAGCAGCUCUACGGGCCCGAGCAGUUUGCAGAGCAAGACGAGGACAGGCUCUCUGGGAAUGAGGAGGAAGAGGAGGAAGACGAUGAUGCCGAAGCAGCUUUGAAAAAAGAAGUGGAUCAGAUUCGCACCUCCACGGAACAGAAGCAGCGUCGGUUCCAGUCGGUGGAGAGUGGUGCUAACAACGUGGUUUUCAUUCGAACGCUGGGUGUUGAACCUGAGAAGUUGGUCCACCACAUCCUAAAGGACAUGCAUGCCACCAAGAAGAAGAAAACCAGAGUCAUCUUGCGCAUGCUGCCCGUGUCGGGCACCUGCAAAGCCUUUCUCGAAGACAUGAAGCGGUAUGCAGAGACCUUUUUCGAACCCUGGUUCAAAAGCCCCCAAAAGGGCAGUUUCCAGAUUGUUUACAAGGCACGAAAUAACAGCCACCUCAGCAGGGAAGAAGUGAUAAAAGAGCUAGCAGGCGUAGUGGGCCACCUCAACCCAGAAAACAAGGUCGACCUGAGUAACCCCGAAUACACCAUCGUGGUGGAGAUCAUCAAGAACAUCUGCUGCUUGAGUGUGGUUAAGGACUACGUUCUUUUCCGAAAGUACAACCUUCAGGAGGUGGUGAAAAGCAAAGCCGAGGGGCAGCCAGAGGCUCCUAAAGCAUCCCACGAGAACGACACCCCCGGAGCGAAAACACCUGAAGCGCAGAAGGAAAACCAAAACGAGCGCCAAGACAAGACGGAGACCGCCUCCAAUGACAAUCAUGAGGACUAGCACCGUGAAUGAAAGAGCCGAGAAGAAAAAAAAAGGAAAAAUCUGCAGGAUGGGUAGCUGGUUGUUGAUGUCAGGGAUUGAUGUUUGUUCUCUAGGUGACUUGGCUAAAGCUCCAUUUGUCUCAGACAAUCUCCCCCACCAUUCCUGCUUCGUUGUAGUAGUUAUUCUGGAUUGGGGUUUGGGGGAGAGGAGAGGGUUUCCAACUGAACAAUUCAAGCCAUGGUUUUCACAACCUGUCAUUCAGGGCUGUCCGGCCUCGGCAGUUCUUAAGACCUGUGGACUUCCCACUCCCAGAAUUCCCCAGUCAGCUAUUCUGGGAGUUGAAGUCCAUAUGUUUUAAUGCUGUCAAAGAUGGUCAGCCCUGCCCAAGGGUUUAAUGUUACAUAUAAAACAGAUUAUUGUGGCUGGAUCAAACUGGCUAGCCGUUUCCUGACCCAGAGCCACUUAUGAGUCCUAUCCUUAGGGCUAAAAGACGCUAUGCUGACCAGCCAAACAUGUUUCUGCUGGUUUCCACCCCCACCCCCCACCCCCAAUACAGAUGGCCCCACGUUCUGGCUUUUUAAAGUUAAAAUUGCAAAAAUGCAGUCAGAAUUGGGAGGUGAGGGUUGGGUGGUGGUGGAUCGUUCCUAAAUUAUGCUUGAGGUUGGAAGUAGAAGUAGUCGAUACUAGAAAAGUUGGCUUAUUAAAGGUUUUAAAAUGAUCCCUUUCUAUUCUGAUUAAGGGACGCGGUGGCUCAGUGGCUAGGACGCUGAGUUAGUUGAUCGAAAGGUUGGCAGUUCAGUGGUUCGAAUCCCUAGCGCCGCGUAACGGAGUGAGCUCCCGUGACUUGUCCCAGCUUCUGCCAACCUAGCAGUUCGAAAGCACGUAAAAAAUGCAAGUAGAAAAAUAGGGACCCCCUUUGGUGGGAAGGGAACAGCGUUCCGUGCACCUUUGGCGUUGAGUCAUGCCGGCCACAUGACCACGGAGACGUCUUCGAACAGCGCUGGCUCUUCGGCUUUGUAACGGAGAUGAGCACCGUCCCCCUAGAGUCAGGAACGACUAGCACAUAUGUGCGAGGGGAACCUUUACCUUUACCUUUACCUUAUUCUGAUUAUUAUGACAAAAAACCCCCAGGUUUUCUUACUCAGGAUUAGGCAAGUCAACAGCUGCCUAUUCGUUUGUAGUUUUUUUGCAAGGCAGUUUUUAACUCUUCAUCCUCAACAAGUUUGUGUUUCCAAAUCGUAGAUUUUUCCCAGCUAAAUUAUGGCAGCUGUUUACUGCCAAAUUUUCAUGUGAUCACGGUCUAGUUACCAAGCCAGCAUCCUGAUGCGAAGUCUAGCAUGACUUGAGAACAAAAGUGAUCCUCUCCUCUUAGGCUGGCAUCUCCGUGGAUCUGGGGAUCUCGUAUUCUGGUCCCCUCUGGAAAAACAGCACCUCUGAGAUCUCGUUCUCCAAACUUGGCCACUUUUAAGACCUGUGGACUUCAACUCCCAGAAUUCAAGCAUGGCUGGCUGAGGAAUUCUGGGAGUCGAAACCCACCUGUCUCAAAGUUGCCAAGUUUAGAGACCCCUCCAUGUCUGUGAGAAUAGAUAGUUUUAAUGUUUUGAUGCUUUUUCUGAUCUGGGAAGAUGUUCAGGUUUCUCUUGUAACUCUUUUAACAGGUGACUAUUGAGCCUGGAGGAACUUCUAUGGGCUUGCUUGUAGAAAGCCUUCUUAAACAAAUUGUAAAAUAUUAACCGAACGGGGCUUUAGGGAAAAUACACAUCUUUUGUUGAAAAAUGUUCUAUUUGCAGUUACAUUGUUAGAAUGACAUGUUGAUGCUCCAAACUCGUAAUUGUGGGGAUAUUAAGGAGAGAAAAAUCCAGCUUUUCUCUGUCUGAAAAUAAACAUUCACAGCGUAACAUCUUUGCAGAGGUAUAAUACUUUCCAGUUUGUAUGUGGUCUUUUUUUUGUACGUCGUUUUCUAUUAAAUUGACCUCCUUUUUGUUUGGAACAGAUUGGCUAACACAUGUUCUUUGCUUCUUUUUUUAAAACUACACUUGUCUGUAAAAAUCGAGAUUUGGUGUGUGAAAAUAAAUGAUCAGUGAAAGCAA